UUGACGGCGUUACACGUGGUCCGACUAAAUUCAACGUUCCCUUAUAAUUAUAUACGUUUGAUAACGGCUCUUUAUGUGGAAUUAAUUUAAUGAAAUUUCGUAAGCUGUUGCAGAUUUGCGAUUUUUUUCGCCUAUUUCUGGAUCAUGUAGAUCGAGCUAAGGUUAUGUCGUGUACUCUCAAUUUUAAAUACUUGUGGUAAUGGUCCACGUCGAUAGGGAAUUUGUAUACUAUUUUAAAAGAUAAAGUGUACUUUAGCUUGCCAGUUGUUCUUUAAAGUAGUCUACAACUGUAUUUUGUCAUGUGAAGAAGCAGUUGUGGACCAUUUGCUAGGGUGAAAAGUUACAAAGUAUGGCUUCGAGCGUUCAGAAAAGUAAGAGCAAGAUCCCUUAUAUACCAGGGACUAAGCCUUCGAUUCGAAAUGCUCAGCUUCUCGUGUCAACCGGUGUUCCUUCUCUGGAUCACGUUAUCGGAGGAGGACUACCGAUUGGAUCUAUUAUGUUAAUUGAGGAAGAUCUAUAUGACGUGUAUGCCAAAGUCAUGUUGAGGUAUUUUAUGGCAGAAGGCAUUAUAUCGUCGCAUCCGUUAUUAAUUGCGUCGAGAGAAAUUAAGCCCUCUCAACUGCUCGCCGAGAUGCCAGCUGUUAUAACGGAAACAUCUAUGAUGCCUAAUACCCAGGAUGAGGAGAUGAAGAUUGCAUGGAGAUAUCAGAAUAUGAAGGUAGUCGACCCUUCUCCAUGUGGCGGUCAGCCAUUUGGUCAUUACUACGAUCUAACGCAACCAAUGGAUAAGGAACUUGUAAAUAAAGCUAGUAUUACUCAAUGGGAUGGAAGUUGUAUAAAAUGGAAAGCAGACUGGUUUAAGAAUGAGGAAUACGUGGAUCUCCUUAAAACUAUCCAAGAAACCUUGAAAACUGGACAGUUUCGAUUGUCCGACAACCCAGAAAAGAGAUCGGUCCUCAGGAUAGUAAUACAUUCUCUCGGGUCCAGAUUAUGGCUCUCCGAUACAGAACCUGAUACCCAUGCCGACCUUCUGAGGUUUCUAUACUGCUUUCGAGCUCUACUGCGAAACUCUUACGCAGUAGCGAUGUUUACCUUCCCAGUGGAGAAUUUUGACAAUUCGGAUGCUAUCGUAGAGCGGAUAGAACACUUGGCCGACACUGCGAUAAGAUUGGAGUCGUUCGCUGGUUCUCCUAAAGAAACCAACCCAAUCUACAAAGACUACCAUGGGUUGGUGCAUAUUAAGAAAAUUUCAAUCUUCAACACCUUGGCACCGCACUGUCCAGAAUCUGUGGACCUGGCAUUUAAACUGCGAAGAAAGAAAUUCCUUAUCGAGAUUCUACAUCUACCACCAGAGUUGGAGGAUACGACACAAAGAGAGCAGGAUGAUCUAUACUCCGUCCCAAGUUGCAGCGGAGGCACCAAGAAAAAUUUGUUAGACUUUUAAAACGCGACAUUUUGUAAAAUGCAGGUCCAAAAAUAGACCUCGGUCUAAUAUAUUCUUGAAUUUUGUUACGUUC